AUGCUGCUGAACAUCUUCAUUAAUGACCUGGAUGAUGGGACAGAAUGUGCCCUCAACAAGUUUGCAGAUAACAAAAAACUGGGAGCGGUGGCUGAUGCACUACAUGCUUUGUUCCCUGGGGCCUUUAACUGUUGCACGGAAAUUUCAGACGAAAUUCCAGGAAGAAUUCUCCAAAGAGUAGAGAGGUUUGAUAUCCAGAAAGCGGCUGGCCUGUGUCACCUAGAAGCUGUUAUUCUCUACAUAGAAGGCAGAAAGUUCUGUGUGAGCCCACGGAUUAGAAAAGUUAAAAAAUGGAUGAAGAAGAAUAAGCACAAGAUUCCCAGAAAAAAAUUUCAUGGUAGAAAGCAGAGAAAAAUGAAAACUAUUAGAAAGAAAGAAAAGAAACAGUAA